GUAGAGGCGAGGGGGAGGGCGGGCUUGAGCCAGUGACCCCCCGACCCGCGAGGAGGAACGUUGCAGUGCGCCGAGCCCAGAGUGUUGUGUGUGUACAGGUGUGAGAUGGCUUUCCUCGUGUUCGUGACCCUGACGGCGCUGCUACAUGUGACUCAAGGCGUGCUCCUCGAUCGCCACCCCACGCCCUUCAGGCACUGUUGCUACGGGGACGAGACCUUCCAGCACGGCCAGGUGGUGCUCGCCCUGCAGCGUGCGUGCCUCCAGCUGGUGUGCGAGGACGGCAAGGUGGAGCGGCGUUACCUGGGCGAGCCGGGGCAGAGGGAGUGUUGUGAGUUCGACGGGCAGCUGUACCCCGAGGGCGCCGAGCUGACCGCCCACUGCGUGACGCUGGAGUGCCGCGACUCCUGCUGGCACCCGCUGCCCGCCAUCGCCGACUGCUGCAGCCGGUGUUCCCUCUACAAUGACCCGCACAUCACGACCUUCGACAACCACCACUACGACUUCCACGGCGUGUGCAACUACUCCCUGGCGCAGAAGGGCUUCACGCGGGAGGCGGAGCUGGGCGUGUACGGCGACUUCAGGAGCUGCUUCGGCCGCGCCUCCUGCAUCGACCGCUUCACCUUCGUCAACGACCCCCACACUGUUGUCGCCUUGGAGAACGGCAACGUGUUUACCGUGCACGUGAACGGCCACCCCAACCAUGUGGGUCCCGACAAGGUACACGCCCUCCGGUCCGCCGAGAAAUGCCACCCCGUGCUGGCCUGGCGUACACCCUGGGGGACAAGUUCACCCUCCUGCCUCACCCUGUUCGGCUCCAACAGGAUCAUGGUCCAGCAUUGCCCCCACCGCAUGGACAUCAUCGCCCACGCCUCCCACACCGCGGAGCUCAACGGCCUCUGCGGACACUUCAACUUCCACAAGGACGAUGACUUUACGGACAGGAGCGACCAAGUGCAUCCACUCUCCGGCUUUCCCCUCGCCUUCCCCACGUCCUGGAUGACCGCUGACCAGAGUGACCCCGUAUGCCUCGCCCCCUGCCGUGACUGCCACAAGGAUAACACGACGGACCCCUGCACCGCCACGAUCGAGGAACGGCGAGGCUUCCACGCCCGCUGCAACGCGACUUUGUUCCGCCUCCUCCGGGACCUGCCUCAUCUGGCGCACCACGUGGACGACUGCGCCUUCGACCUGUGCGUGAUCACCGCUUACGGCCGCCAGGAGGAGGAGGCGGUGGCGUGGCUGGACCGUGUGCUGGAAAUUGUCAAAAUGGAGAUCUUCCUGCACCACCACACGGACGGCAAUGGCAAGGUCACCCCGUCACCCACCACGGCCGCGCCUACAUCUUCCUACAACGCAAAGUGAGGCGACAGAUACACCCCACAACUGCGCCUCCACCGUCUCUACUAAUAGCACCUGUACAUAAAGUUCGCUGUUUAUCUGUUUUAAUAAAGCGAUGUAUGUUC